CCGCCCUCUAGGAGUAGGGGUGUGCAGCAGGCUCGUCCCGCCCCCUCCUCUGAGUGACAGGACCGUGGACAGCAACAUUUCCAGCCGGACACAUAGUUUGUUGGCCCUUGCGUUGGCUGAGCUAAGGUUUACUGUAUAAAUCCCCAAGAAGGAAGCUUGUACUACUUGUUACCACUGGGAAGAAGACUGGCCUAAAAGUCAGGAAUGUAGCAGAGUUUGGAAAUAUUUGCCCUUGGGCAGUAACCCUCAUAACUGUUUUCUCAUCUGGAAAGUGGAGAUACUUAUGUGCCCUUUAUUUCUAAAAACUCUUUGUUGAACUUCUCAUUGUGUUCAUCCAUUCUCCUCCUGCAUUUGUAAGAAAAAGCAACCAAGAGUAUUAUUAUUGGUAUCUGGAGUUGAAUUUUCCAGGAAUGCGAGCGCAGCUUCCUCAGUAAAGAUCUUGCCUUUGGAAACAUCUUACUCCUUGACAUCUCUCCAGAGUUAAGACUUGGCAGCCUCAAGGACACAGCACAAGCAGGCACUUUGGAGAUCAAAGAUGGGAAGAAAAGAUGCCUCCACUAUAAAACUUCCUGUUGAUCAGUACAGAAAGCAAAUUGGUAAACAAGAUUAUAAAAAAACCAAACCUAUUUUACGAGCAACCAAAUUAAAAGCAGAAGCAAAGAAAACAGCAAUAGGCAUAAAGGAAGUUGGCCUUCUACUUGCAGCUAUAUUGGCCCUCCUACUGGCUUUCUAUGCUUUCUUUUAUCUCAGACUGUCCACAGAUGUUGACCCUGAUCUGGAACCAGAUGAAGAUUAGUUGAGCAGCAAUCAAUGCAUGAAAAGGAUAUAAUUUUAUAAAAGCACCUCUAGGGACCAAUACUUUCUGAAGUACUGAGACAGCAAGGUCUUGAAUUUUUUCUGCUGGUAUUUUCAGUUUGCAGAAAUAUCUUUUAAAAUGUUGCAUAGGAUAUCAAGAAAAGAACCUUACCUAGUAAUGUAGUAUGUGUGCUACCAGAUACUUUUAUAAAUCUUUCUACUUUGACAGGCAACCUAUUCAUGGUGCAUUUAGAUAAAGUGAAAAACAGAUCCUAAAUUCUUCAGAUGUCUUAGGCAAUUUAUGUGUAUAACUCCAUCA